AUGGAGCGGUCCAACCGGAUCCCCGGCAGCUUAGUACCGCUGCUGCUGUUGGCGGCGCAGCUUGUCAUCUGUUCCUACGCUCAGGAUGUGGAAACACCUGGACAGGACCCGAUGGCUCCCCAGACGGAGGAGAAAUUCUUCUCACAGUAUGUCUUCGACAGGAACACUUUGAUCCUACGAAGGCGGAUUAUGCUCUACAAGGACAACCUGUACACGGAGUGGUCCGACUGGGGCAACUGUUCGGUGAAGGACUGUACGGAGUUCCGUUUUCGGAAGUGCAAGGACGAGUCCUAUGAGGACAGGAUAACCGAUCUAUUUCGAACCAAAAGACCAUCGGAACUGCUGAAGAACCUGAGUGCCACUUGUGGCAUUCGACCUACGGAUGGAGGCGUCGAAACUAAAAUUCUUGGUGGAGACACUGCAGUUCCACACAGCUGGCCUUGGCAGGUAAUCACGUCUGAACCAUCUGAAGGGUCUUCAUCUCCAAGAAUAGUUUUACCUAAGUUAUCCAAACAGCAGUGUUAA